AUGGACUUGGACAUAGACAUGGACAUCCCCCUCCCCGAAGAGCUUGAAUUACUGGAAUCAGAUUCUCAUCUCCACGAACAAGAUGAACACCAAGAUCUAGAUCAAGACCAAGACGAUUACCACCCAGACGUCGAUCAAACUGAACCCCAACCCGAACAACCUCCAGAUCUCGCGUUUCCUUUGGAACCCGAAACCAACGGUCUCAAGCGUUCGCGUUCGAGUUCGGAUUCGGAUUUGGAUUCUCCCGAUGAGGAGAAAAGGUUUAGGGUUAGGGUUGAGGAUUCCUCCGCCGCUGAUGAGGACUGGCUACGUUACUCGCCUCCUCCUCCUCCUCCGGUGGAAGAAGUGAGGUCUGUGAAGGAAACGAUGUUGUCAAGGUACGCGUCGAAGAUUGACGGGGAGUGUAUGCCGGUCACCGCGCCCAGUGGUGAUAGGGUUUAUGUCAAGCUGAAUCGGUUCCAAGGAGAGGAGCGUGUAAGGAAGCUCGAUUGUAAAGGAUAUUCUGCUGAUCUUAGUUUAGAACCGAUUAGUAUUCUAUUUGAAAAAUUGGAGCAAGAGGCUUUGGCUAAGGCCUUGGAAGCUAGUUCUGAAUGCCAAAGUGUUGUAGAUGUUCCCGAAACACGAUUGGUUAAUGGGCAACUUUGGGUAGAUAAAUAUGCUCCGAAAUCAUUUACUGAGCUUCUUAGUGAUGAACAGACAAAUCGUGAGGUACUCUUGUGGUUGAAACAAUGGGAUUCUGUUGUGUUUGGAUCUGAAAUUCGAAGGACAUCAGAUGAUGUUUUUUCUGCUUUGAAACGACAUUCUUCUAUUGCCCAAAAUCAGAAGCCUUUUUAUUCAAAGUUUCCAAGGAUAAACAGAGGACCCAAAUGGAGUAGUGGGAGGUAUAUAAAUUCGAAAAGUAUGGAUGAGAGUGGUAAUUCAAAGAGUGUUCAGGAUACAUGGAAUAUGAAGUCAAGGAAUACUGGUCCACCAGAAGAGAAGAUCCUUCUUCUCUGUGGACCACCAGGGCUUGGAAAGACAACACUUGCCCAUGUAGCAGCUAGGCAUUGUGGAUAUCAUGUGGUGGAGGUUAAUGCCAGUAAUGAUCGUUCUACAUCAACAAUUGAAGCCAAAAUUCUUGAUGUGGUUCAGAUGAACUCUGUCUUGUCUGAUUCAAAACCAAAGUGUCUGGUGGUGGAUGAAAUUGAUGGAGCCCUUGGUGAUGGCAAGGGUGCUGUGGAGGUUCUUUUAAAGAUGAUUUCUGCGGAAAAGAAGCCUGAUGCAGGGAAGCAAAGUUUGGACAAGGGACAGUUGGGAAGGAAGUCAUCAAAGAAGGGGCAGAAAACAGCGUCACUGUUAAGACCCGUGAUUUGUAUAUGUAAUGACCUAUAUGCACCUGCCUUAAGACCAUUACGUCAAGUAGCCAAGGUUCAUAUAUUUGUUCAACCAACAGUUUGUCGUGUGGUUAACAGGCUGAAAUAUAUAUGUAACAAGGAGGGUAUGAAAGCCAGUGCCAUUGCACUCACUGCUCUAGCAGAAUAUACAGAAUGUGAUAUACGCUCAUGCUUGAACACUCUCCAAUUUCUCUCCAAGAAGAAAGAAACCCUCAAUGUGUUUGAUAUUGCCUCUCAAGUAGUUGGCCAGAAGGACAUGUCAAAGAAUCUUCUAGACAUCUGGAAAGAACUUUUCCAAAGGAAAAGAACGAAGAUGGAAAGAAAAUCUCAUGGAAGCAAGUCCUUUGAAUUUGACUCCUUGUACUCCCUUAUAUCGAAUCGUGGUGAUUGUGACUCGAUUCUGGAUGGAAUUCAUGAAAAUAUUUUGCAGCUCAAUUAUCAUGACCCACUGAUGCAUAAAACUGCCAAGUGCUUCGAUAGUCUUGGAGUUUACGAUCUAAUGCAUCAAUAUAUAAUGCGUACACAGAAAAUGCCUCUUCGUGUUUAUUUCCCCUCCAUAGCAAUUACUGUACAUCAUAUAGUAGCUCAAGUUCAGAAGCCGAAUAUUGAAUGGCCAAAGUCAUAUCAAAGGUAUCGGACAAUGAUGAUAGAAAAGAUGGACAUUUUGAAUACUUGGCGUUACAAAAUCCCACCGCAUAUUGCUAGGCACUUAUCAGCUAAUUCCUUUGUUGAAGAUUUAAUUUCUCCUUUGUUACACAUUCUCUCCCCACCAACUAUAAGACCGCCUGCAGCAAGUAUUUCUACAUGGGAUGAUGUGUCUCAGAAGUUCUUUGCUGAGUUAUUCUCGAUGGAGAGGUACAACCAGAUGGUGAAUGAUAUCACCAAUUUCACCCAGCUACAAGGUGAAACUAUGUGUGGAGCAUGGAACAGAUUCAAGGAUUUAAUGAGGAGGUGUCUUCAAUAUAACCUGACUACUGGCAAUCAGGUGGCAAACCUGACCUCAAGACUUGAUAAGAUGCAGCUUGCUGGUGUUCAGACAAAAGCUGCUGCUGUGAAUGGCAUCUGGUAUAAUCAAAGACCCCAACAACAAAAUGUUCAAAGAGGUCAGAAUUUUGCUUCUGGAGGUAAUAAUUAUCAACGGAAAAUCCAAGGCACGGGUCUUGAUUACAAUUCAAACAACUACUUACGGCCUCCACCAGUCCAAGCUAAGGAGCCUUCUGAUUUGGAGAGGAAGAAAAAUGUAGCGGUUGAGGUUCUUGAAAAAGCAGAGGAUUACAAAGAAGAUGAUACCUCAAAAGUGGAACUGAAGGCGCUUCCUCAAACUCUGAAAGAUGAUGUCAAAGAGGUGAAGAGGUCUCAAAGGAGGCGUAAUCCUACAAAGUAG